CAAAGCGGGCCUUCCUUCAAUUUCGUACACAAAUCAGGCCCGAAACUGAUAAAUCACCUCCGUUAGGGCAAGUCGAUUUCAUUUCACGGCGGCGACCGCUGAAGAUGAUACCGCAAUUAUAUUGCGGCGGCGAUAUUCAUGUUCUCCGGCGGCGACGGCGAUAUUCAUGUUCUCCGGCGGCGACGGCGCGGUAGUUUUGAAUUGGGGAAGACGAUGGUGGUGGAUUUGAUGUCGCAGAAUUAGGGCGAGUCGAACGAAGAUGAUAUGCAAUUACAUUGCGUAUAUCGUGGCGGCGAUUUUGCUAGGGCUGUGCAUCGGCCGUGGGGAAUGUGCAAUAGGUGUAAAUUGGGGAAGGAACAAUGCACAGAGAUUGAUUCCGUCGAUGGUGGUGGAUUUGCUGCUGCAAAACGGCGUUAAAGAGGCGAGAAUUUAUAAUGCACAAGAGGAUAUUUUGAAGGCGUUUACCGGAAGUGGGAUCGAUCUCACCAUCACCCUCUUUAAUUUUCACGCCAUAGAUUCUGAAGACGAAGCUGAAAAAUGGCUCAGCCAGAAGCUUGAAUACGCCAAACAUUCCAAUAUAAGGCGCAUUUAUAUAGGAUUCGAUGCAUUUGCUCAAGGAAUUACGGACAAAAAGUCUCUGAAUAAUUCACUCAGGGCGUACAAUUUCAUGCGAGCCGCGCUCAAUGAUUCCGGAUACGAUUACGUCAAGGCAACGAUGCCGCAUCCCGACAUUAUACUGAACGUCGAAAACAUAACGAGACCGUCCGAAGCCGAUUUCCGACCCGAGAUCAAGGAAGAAAUGCACGGUUUCCUCCGACUCCUCGAGGCCGACAAAGCCCCACUCGUCAUUGAAUUACUCCCGAUCUAUUACGUCCUCCUAAAAAAUCUGUCCAUUGACUUCGCGGGCCCCUCGGAAAACCCUAGCCACGUCAUCAAAGACGUAAACGGGGCCAUCUACACAGACUAUUUCACCUUCUUGCACGAUUCAUUCGUGUGGGCAAUAAACAAAGCCGGGGUGCCCGAUUUGGAUAUAGUGGUGGGGGCGGUGGGGUGGCCCACCGACGGCUUCCCGGGGGGGAACACAUCUACAGCCGAGCAUUUCUUCAAACACCUUCUGCCCUAUGUGAUCAGCAACAAAGGCACGCCAAUGCGGCCCGGGAAACCCAUCGACACCUACGUACACGCGCUCACCGACGAGAAUAUGAAUGGAGACUACUUCCCCUACGCGCGCCACUGGGGGAUCUACCGGACCAACGGCGAGCCGAAGUACAAGAUUGAUCUUUCCGGGCAAGGGCGGGAUAUAUUUCCGGCGAGGGCAAAGGGGAUUAUGCGGAUGCCGGAGCGGUGGUGCGUGUACAAGGAAAACAUGAAGGGGUACAACAAGAGUAGGGUGAUUGAAGAGUUCAAAUACGCAUGCAAACGAGCUGACUGCACCAGCUUGGCGCCAGGGGCUUCUUGCAGCGGGCUGAGCUUCACUCUGAACGUGUCGUACGCGUUCAACAUGUACUUCCAGAUGAUGUUUCAGGACGAGAGGGAGUGCGUGUUCGGCGGCUACGCCACCGUGGUGACGGAGGAUCCGUCGACGGAUGAAUGCGUGUUCCCGGUGGAGGUGGUCAAGGGUCAACAAGAAAAUUUCAUUUUCAAAAGUGGGCAAGAUCGUCUUUUCGCACCGUUCUCUGUGUCUUUGCUUUCCGUCUUUUUGGGUAUUGUUAAAUUGCUAGAAAGUUGCAACAAUCUUGUACGAAAUUAGGGUUUUUCCUUUCCAAUCCGUUUUUGAAUUUGGGGGUUUUUUUUAGAUCUAUUCAAAUACCAAAAAGUUGUGAAACUCUGAAAUUUUGAUAAAUAAAGUUUUUUUUUUAAA